AUGGUAAUGAUGCGCUACGUGCUGUGUAUCCUCGCUCUCCUGCUCUCAUGUGCGUGUGUGCACGUCCUCGCUGAAGAAGUGCCUGCCGCCGAUCUUUCCGACCAAGUCCCUGAUACAGAGAGUGAGACAAAGAUUCUUCUUCAAGGUACUCCUGUUGCUCACUGCAGUGAAGGUGCUGAGGGUAGUUGUUCGCUUGAUGGCGAAAAAGGACCAAAGGGUGCAAAUGGUGAAGUUGGUACGAAAGACACACGAUGUGAUAAAGAUAGUGCUCAAAAGGAGAACAAAACCUGCGAAGAACUACCUAGGCCAGUACUACCCCAAGAAGUAAAAGAUGGUCAGCCUUGUACAAAAGAAAAAUGUGAUCCUCAAAAGACAAAUGCUACCCAGCCUGCCGCUGGGAGUGAAGGACCCAAGCAAACGGAUGCUGUAGAUGGGGAGAACUCUGAUGAAGAUGCAAAAUGCAACAAAGCAGAUACUGCAGAAGAGAAACAAAACUGUAAAAAACCAGUCGUGGAGAUGUCAGAUACAGAAGAUGGUCAAGAUGGAAAGGAAAAGCAUGGUGUCAAACUACCACAAAACAACCAACCUCAAGAGGGCGCUGCUCCUGGUAGUCCUGGUAAAUCCACGGUGGUAAAGGGCACAGAACAAACUGGACAAAGUGAGGGAAAUAAACAAAUAGGAUUCCCCGAAGAUGAAGGAAGCGUGCACAAACAACUUAACGGUGUGCCAGAAACAGUUACAACUGACACAAUACAAGUACCCAGUGGCAGGGAUCAAGAAACAUUAGCUGAAGAUGCACUGAGCAGUAAUACGCAAUCUUCUUCUGUAACUCAACCCAGCAAUUCGGACAACGAGAGUGCUUCUGGCGCUGGUGCUGAAAGAACUGAGAGCAGCACGACAUCUGCAGGGAGUGAGUCACCAAUUACACAAGAAGGUGAUGCAGGCAAUACAGAUACAACCACCAGCACCACCACCACAACAACAACACUUCCUCCUUUGCCUGCAAACAGCCAGAAGGGUGAUGCAGACAGCAGCAGCAGUAUCAGCAGUUCUGUGUGGGUGCGUGUGCCACUACUGAUUGUGGUUACACUGGCCUGUAUUCUUGUGUGCUGA